GAAAGGAGCUUCAUGGGGAAAGAAAAGGAGAUGCAGCGACAAAAUAUUCCCAAACCACCGCAGCUGGUGGAUGAAGUGACGCCUGAGAUGGGACUCAGGUUGUUUAAAAGGCUCAGGCACCAGGGGUUGAAGGAGAACAUGUUGAACUCAUUUAAACGCAGCUAUGAACAGCCUGUCACAACUCAAAUAUCUGGUCUCAGCAUGCUGUAAACAAGAAGUGUGAGGCUCACAUGUUUGGCUUUUCAGUCACAAGAACAGCAUCAAGUCUGAGAGAACCCAGUGGUUAAACCUGCUCGCUGUCAGAUGAUGAGGAAGUAAAACUGACCUCCAACAAAGAUGCUGUUGUUGCUUUAAUUUCAAUGCCACAGAGGAAAUCACUACGACAGGCAUCACCAACACCAGGUCGCCCCAAAGACCACCUGAGUCCCCGCAGGCCUGUUCUAAAACUAUCACAACUCAGUAGUGAGCUGCGUCUAAAAUUCAACUUUAUUCUGUUGGCACUUUUUUAAUCACACUUGCAUUUGUAUGGAUUUUAAAAUGACAAUAUCUAAAAAAUAUGUUCAUGAUACAUUUUUUAUUUAAGUUUUGGUGAACUUUGACCUACUGUAGUUCAAAGGUCAGUAUUGUGCACGAGACAAAACCAGUGGUCGUGGAGAGUAAGCUCGCGGGCACAGCAAAGAUGAGCAGUUUCUUACCCUCGCAAAAUCACAGAAAACAGAAAGAAAACAUAACACUUUCACAACGAAUGGCAGGAGGAGAUCUUUUUUACGACUGUGAAAGAUGAAAUGUCUCAUUUGCGGGGCGACUUUGGCGACGGCAAAGCGGUACAAUGUGGAGAGACGCUUCACGACGUGUCACAAAAGCUACCAUGCUAACUACCCUCCGGGAAGCGCACUGCGGGCAGAAAAAGCCCGGGAGCUAAAGGCAGCUUUGGGUAAGCAGCAGUCACAGUUACAAGCUACACACCAGAUUACAGUCCACUGGUGAACAGCAUGCAGUGCCGGUCUUCCCACUAACAAAGAAACAGAUAGCAGGUGUUGUCAGUGGCAACAUGGCAGUGCCAUGGCAAAUUUGAAUUACAAUAUUGAAGAAUUGUGUUCAAUUUAAAAGUGUGUUCAUGACAUGUAACGAUUAUAAUUUUGUUAGAAAUGCUGCAGAUUUGGUCAAAGUUCAAAAUGUGCCAAGACUGAAAUUUAAAAUCAUGUAAGUUGAUUUUUCUUUCACAUUACAUAACUGAUAACUUUUUGAAACAUGGUGCAACAUAGUUUGUUAAAAGGAUUUGUCAGUGGCCAGUGAAAAUGGGACAUUUUCCCUGUGAAAUAUGUUGAUAUCUGUUUCCCACCUUGUUGAUAAUUAUUGUGAGAAAUCAUUAACGUCAUCAGUGUCCACAUAGAUGAGUAUCAUCUAUUUCCUCCACCCCCCACAGAGAAAAAAGGAAGCUGGCUGAAAAGAUUUAGGGGAAACGACUGUUUUUGACAUGACGUAUGAAAGUAUUUUUUCCCUUGAGCUUUGUUUUUGAAUCUGUUAUUAUGCUGGCAGUCCGCCUUCACUGGGUCAACAUCUUAAUCUGGUUUGUGGAGUCAGAGCUCCAAAACUGCUGGCGUUCUGUGAAUUCUGAUUCUGAUUCUGGUUCCCAUCAGCCUCAGCAGCUUCAUUUGCUUGGUAUUGAUCAGCAAACCAGUGAUGUUGAGAUGCUUCAUCAUCGUCAGUGAAGCUCUCAGAUUCAUUUCUGUUGCGUUUCUCUUAACUUUCCAUUCAGAGCAGCUCCCACACCCACAUGAAAAGAAAAUAUAUGAACCUUUAUAUUUUUAUCUAUACCACAUUUAUUUUCCUUGCUGCUUUUUCAGGUGAAAGCCACGUAAUCACACACACAUCACAUUUUCACGGCCCUCAGUGUGGAUUGAACAGCCUCACCGACACAGUGACAGCACAGACCAGAGACACUUGUGCACAUUCAAAGUUACUCCAGCAGCGGGUUACGCAACAAGUGAAAAAACUGAAAUAGAAACCAAAGUCUGUACUGAGACUCAUGGCAGUUCCUGUUCUUUGACUGGACUGGACUGAAGUGGGUAGGGAAUAAACAUGUAUAAAUGAGCUGCCCCACCCCGACAAGCUGCAUUUGACUUCAUUAUGUCUCCAGUCUCGGUCCCACAGCCUGUGCGUUCACAUGGACUCUCCGUGUCCUCUCAGCUCAUACUGAACUCACCUGUAGACUGAAUAUUCACGAGUCUGUCGCGCACACUGACCAGGGUCCAGGAUGCUGGGAGCAGCUGUUUUAGUGUCCCUCAGGACCUUCAGGAUGUUCCUGUUGCUUUGCACCAACAGUCUGAUACUGAAGUCCUCUGGAGACGACUCCAUUUCUUCCCUUCAGCCGAUCACAGCCCUGAUGGGUGAUGAUGUCAUUCUGCCCUGUGGUCUUAAAAAUCCCACUGAUGUCCGUUCUAAGACGGUGGUGUGGACCAAACCCGGUCUGAAUCCAAAGUACAUCCAUGUUCACCAAAGUGGACGGCCGGUCCAUCAGGCUCAACAUCCAUCUUAUCGGUACCGCACGACUCUGUUUGAGGACCAGCUGGUGAAUGGAAACGUCUCCCUGAAACUCUUCAGAGUGAAGAUCUCUGAUGCAGGAACAUACGUUUGUUCCAUUCAGUCGAUGGGGACGAGAGCUUCUGUUCAACUCAGUGUUGGUGCUGCCUCCUCACCUGUCAUUGGUUUAGCACGGUUUGAUGGAGACGGAGGACGUCUGGUGUUACGCUGUCAGUCCACAGGCUGGCGUCCACAGCCUGAGCUGUCCUGGCUGGACUCUGAGGGACACGUCCUCCCUGCUGGACCCACAGAGACACUCAGAGGUCCUGGUGACCUCUAUAGUGUCAGCAGCACACUGACUGUGGACGAGAGAGACGGCAACAGGUUCACCUGCAGAGUCCAACAGAAGGACAUCAACCAAAUGAGAGAGACGCACGUCCAACUCCCAGUUCAUCCCAUCACCUCAUCUGAUCGCACUUGGCUGUGGGCCUUCUUUGCUGUUACUGCUGUUCCUAUUGUAGUCUUCGUUUGCAUUGCCAUCAAGAUAACACCAGGUGAGACCAGAGACCAGAGACCUGGACCAGUAUAGAGUGAAACAUUUUGCAAAAGAGAGGGCAGAAACAAUCACGGAUAAGGGGAAUACAAAGGAGAAGGACGGUGAAGACCAUCCCAUGUUGAAUGGAGAGAAGUUUCACACCGAAGGCAUUAAACAUGAAUGGAAAAAUGUCCGUUACCCUGUUCAGUUUGUGAGAAUUAUGAAAAUGUGACUGACAUGGAGACCAUCCAAGUCUGAAGAGUUUAUCUGUACAAGCUAAAAUGUUAGACGUGUAUAUUUUGUGGCUGCUUGCAGGAGGUAUUUGUAAAGUUGUUUAUAGUUUAAGUUGUAAAUUAAAUGUUUUAAUUAUGA